AUGGCCCUGCAACCUUAUGGGGAAGAGGAUUUGAAUUAUUUCAAAUUCUCCUCCCUUGUGCUCAAUGAAUUCCCAAGAGCCCUGAGACAGACCUUUAAAACCAUGUGGGACAAAACAUAUGGACAUCGCCCUGGUUUCCUGCUUUGGGAUGAUUCCACUGCUGUGAGAAAUUUGUUCGCCUCGGAAGAAGGUAGCAAAAACAGAGUUCCUGUUCAUCAGUCUUACAGCGAAUGGGAUUGCACUGCUUUGUUCCAGGCCACUAUCUACUCGCAAACCUUCGCCUUACAUCAUGGAACGCUAAAUGAAGUAUAUAUCAAGCCUCGUGGAUUGUCACCUUCACAUUUUCACCCAUCAGUGAUGAGCAUAACUGGAGACAAUGCGGAAACCUGGGCAUUAGCGAUCGAUCAGCUACGCCUUCUUAGAAAUUUCGUUUGUCACUUGUCCAGUUCUAAGGUGGAAAAAGUGAUUUUCGACCAAUGCGUCCAACGUGCCAAAGAUGCGUUCCUCGCACUCGGAGUUUCGACAGCUCCAAUUGACGCUGUUGGUAGCUUAACGGAAUCGGACUUUCCGACAAAUGAAGUUCGCAGACUCGAGCAAGCAAUUAAAGAGGCGAAUCGAGCGUACAUCAAAUGGCUUGAGAGUAUUAUUUCCGAUACUGCUGACAAAGAGGAUAUCGCCAUGUUGGCACAAAAAAUUAAUGAGCUGAAAAUUUUGCUAGACGAGGUCGCUAGUUCAUCAACGUCAGGUAAGUCAUUAAAGGCAUCGUAAGGAAAUGUAGAAUCACUGGGCUGUAAAACUUUUCCAGCUCUCGUCAUUUUCUUCUUCAUAAUACCCCUGUUUUAAAACGUCCACAACUAGUGCCGACUUCCUUAUUGAAACUAAAUAAUCAAUUUCUUAAAUUAAAUUCUCUAACACCCUUUAGGGGCGGCAGCAGAAGCUUUAAACCGACGUCAAACGCUCUAGAUUAUAGAAGACGAUUGUACUUCUUGGAAGGUGAUAAAGUACAAAGGGGUGUCAGUAAAACGCAGGGUCGGGGUCUAUCUUUGUUUUUAAAGAAUGCUGUUUUAUGGUUAGGGUUAGGGUUAAUGUCAAUCUAACCCUAACCCUAACCUUGUCCCCGAAACAACAUUCUUAAAUAGACCCCGCCCGCGUUUUACUGACACCCAGCACAAAGAGUUCGCAAAGUUUCAGCUUGCGCCCUGGGUGUUCCGGUUCCGACUUCAGACGGCCCGGUGGCUGAGCAUAUAAUAAAAAUAAUAAAAAAUAAUAAUCCUAGCAAUCUGCUGGGAUUAUUUUCCUACCCGAGAGGUCAACAAGGAAACAAUUUUAAAGAGGUCAUACUUUUUUGUCUCCAGUGUAAACGUUCCAGCAUCUUUGUCAGCUUUUUCGUCAACGUAGUUACGUUUUUUUGUUGUUGUUGCGAUGGUUGUUAUACAGGGCCAAUCAAAAUCGUUCGAUCUUGGGUUGGAUAUAUUAUCCUUCUUCGAUCACUCUUGGUUAAUUUUAAAAACUUUUCACGGGCUAGCUUUCUAUUCCAGGGUCAAUACUAGAAACGAAAUUAACGACCAUAGCAUCAUGUUAGAUAAGUUAACUUCACUAGGAAUGAAUCGCUCUGCUCUCCAGUGGUUUAGGUCCUAUUUAACCAUGCGCGUCCAAAGUGUUUGUACAAAUGGGGGUCUUAUCUUGUCUAAGCAACAGCCUAUAUUUUUCGGGGUCCCCCAGGGUAGAGUACUGAGGCCGUUAUUAUUAUCAUCUUUAUAAAUGACUUGUCUCUGGGUAGUUUGAGGAUGUAGCGUCGAGCUUAUGCUGAUGAUACUCUUAUUUAUUUUGCAAACACAGUGAAAGUCAAACUCAGUUAACUAGUGGCCUAACUAAUGUCCUUAGCUGGCUUCACGCAAAUUUUCUCAUACUUAAUCUUAAAAAAACUUAGAUUAUGCUUGUUGGUACUCAUCAGAGGACUGCAGCGGCUGAGUAAUACGCGCUUAGAAAGGGUCGUUGUUUCAUUAGGACAAUGUAAAGUAUGUUGGCAAUAAGAUCUCGUCUAGAUUAGGUAUUCUGCGUCGAGCGCGCAAGAUUCUUCCCAAAUCUACUUGUGUGUCUAAUGCUCUAUAAUAUUAUUAAUAGUCUUGCCAUUGUUUGACCGUCAGUCCGGGACAGUUGUGGGGUUGGGUGCAAAUCUGGCCCGUGCCUAUAAGCGCGUAGAGACUAUCUGAAGUGGGUCUUAGUCUAUAAAUGUCUUUAUGGAAUGGCGCCAUUGAACUUCCUUUCGGAGUUUAGGCACCUGCACCAACUUCACGGCUACAACACCAGAAGCCAUGAUUUGCUGCGUCCCUCCUCUUGCGAAAACUGCUAACUAAAGUCAACCAAGGAAGCCUUAGAAUAAACGGUGAUCGCGCAUACAACACUCUACCGGGAAACAUCGGGUAAAUAGAGACGCUCAGUGAAUCUAAAAUUUACCUCAAACGCCAUCUUAGACGAUAAUACCUGGACAUGUUGCCUUGAUAACUUUAAAUUGUAUAGCCGUCUCUUUAUUGUUUAAUGUCUUUGUUUUGUUUGUGUCAGGGCUCCAUUUAAGAAUUAAAUAAAUAAUUAAAAAUAGAGGCGUUGACGUUAAUGUUGCGUUCGUCAAGUUUAAACAGAUUCUAUGAGAACAGUCAAGAUAAUUUGGAGGGGUCUUUGGACAGAUUAGAAAUACCGUAAAAGAUCCAAUAAACGCCCACUCCCAAAUAAACGCCUCUUAUCUAAUAAACGCUUUGCCUACGCUGUUAAGUUUGUAUUAAACGCCCCUCUCUAAUAAACGCCCCCCGUGAAAAUUGCUCCAAAAUACUAGAAAAUGGCAAAAUAAAGCAAAAUCAAUCAAUUUAUUAAUUUCAUUGUUUGAUUAACAUCGGUUUGUGCAUUAUGUCAUGUUCCAUUUCAAGUUCAAAGUAAGGAUAGCGCUCUUUGAUCUUCUUGAUCUCGGUGCGCACUCUUUAAAGUACCCUCUUGAUUGUAGCAAAAAACAAAAAAAAUAAGAGACGUUGAAGUGCAAAAGCCGUCAGCCCGCAGUCGAGAUUCUGUUAACACACAAACGUUUUUGGUCGAAAGCAUAUUGUAUUAAAAGUUACAAGAAUAAACGCCUCUCUCCUUUAAAAGCCUCUCAUCUAUGAAACGCUCCAUCUUGGACCCGCAAAAUUUAAUAAAAGCCCCGGGCGUUUAAUAGAUCAUAUUCGGUACGGCAAAACUACGCUAUCGAGAAAAUUGACUAAUAUCGAUGGAAAAGGAAUCACGUUGGAUUGGUGAUUAGCAUGCUUUGAUUUAAGAUUUCUGUCCUGUUUGAGUAAUUUCACAAAAUUGCAAUAAGCUUCAAGAAAAAUGCUGAAAGAAAAAUGAAAAACUUGAAAUAACAUACCGUAAACUGCCGCUUAUAAGCUUCCCCACAUAUGAGCCCCCCAGUUAUGGGCCCAUCUACGCCCGCACCAAAUCAACCUGUAUUUUUUGACUGAGGUAUUCUCAUUAUAUUUUUGACGACUUAAACCAAAAUGGAACUCGGAAGUGGCUUAUUUAAAUUGUGAUUUGAAAUGACGAGCCCCUUGAAAUGUCUCCAAACAGGACUAAAACAGGCUGUUUUUACAGGAUUUUCGCAAACCAUUUUCAUCUGAAAGGUAUUUAAAAUGGAAACCUGUUUCCAAACCUAACUUAUUUUUAUAAACAGGCUGUUUAUAUUAGGGUGUUUUGAAAGAAAAACCGGCUGUUUCAAUGGUAAAAAAUAUACUUUAAAGGAAAAAAAUUCAACCAAAUUUAUUUUCAAACAGAUUUUAAAUACUGUUUUCGGGGUAUUAUUAAAAAAUUGAUUCCAGCAGUCACGGACUUGACAAACAAAAUGCAAUAGACAGAUACAGUCAGCCAAAAGAAAUGAGAAGACGUCGUCUAGGCACAGCUCAUUCCGGCUACAAAGGCACUAUUCUUGGAGUUGAGCUAUCUCGACAGAAGUGUUUAAGGGUUUUAUUUAAUUUAAUUUAAUUACAAAGUUUUAAUUAUUUCAGUCGUCGUCAUUCCAGAAGAAAAUUGACGAGAAUUCUCAGUUCUGGAAACAUCCGAUUUCUAAUUAUGCACCCAUUAAGUACUUAAUAAGUGACCAGUAACUAUAAACGCCACAAACUUGAUUAUUAAUGUCAUUAACCCUAACUCCGCCAACAAAACAAGACACUAAGCAGUCAUCCAGUUUGGUGCUAAUGUAUCUCCAAACAAAAACGAACAAUCAGCCUAAAACUUCAUCAGUUAUGACAGUAGCGAAAUAAGCAAACAUUUUGAGCCCAUCGACGGGUUUGAUAACGCGCUUUGUGUCACAGUGCGCGACAGUGUGAAAGAUCAAUCGCUCUCCAAUAGACUGUUAUUCAUCGAAUCUCUCUGUGUAUAUCUCUAACAGCAAGAUUUUAAAUCAAUCAUUGAUCAGUUACUAAAACUUCUAAAAUUCCCAUCACCCAUAACGUAACAUUAACAUACAGUGUAAUCUACAAAAUCUAAUCGAUUUUGACACAGAACCGCAGUUAAACCGUGCGCGUAGAACCGGAUACGGUGAACAAAGAUAAAAUAAGCCCUAAACAAAUGAUGUAAAUAAAAGCUCACCUCUCGUGUUGCAAGAAGAACCAAACGCUCAAGACAUUCCGCCACAUUGUUAUCUUACGUUUAUAAAUCAUACUAGCCUGUUCCAGGCUCCGAGAUGGUGGUGGAAAGUCGUUCAGUAUAAGAAAUGUGAAAAACGCGCGAAGGCUGGGGAGAGAAAGGGCGGUGGAGCCUGUACGCAUUUUUUUAACGGCCUGUUCCGGUAUAUCAGCUCCUGAUAUACCCUCUGAUUGGUCAAUUGUGACAGUUAACAUCAUCGCCUAGUAGCGUGGUCAUCAGUUUGUCAUCACCAAGAUGGCUAACGCGAAUCGCGCGUGUGAUCUUCAUGAAUCCGCGUUGCCUUGUGCUUUAGACGAGUGUCUGCGACUUGGCUCGGGAUAAAGAUGUUUUCGGUAUUAUGCCCACCGAUUUCGGAAAAAGUUUAAUCUUUCAGCUAUUCCCACGCUUGGCUAAAGCUGCUCUAACCCUAGAAAACUCUACGAUAAAAGUCGUUUCGACGCUGAUAUCUAUAAUGCGAGACCAAGUGGAACAAUAGAAAAAGCUUGGAUUUUCGGCCGCAGCUAUUUGGCAUCGGUGAAGAGGGAGAGGAGGACGAGAAGAAAGCGAGAGAAGGAAAGUGUGAAAUUGUUUUCGGUAAUCCGGAGUCCUGGUUGAUCACAAAGUGGCAAUAACAAAACAGUCCAAAGACUGUUAAGCUUAUUCCGCUAUUACCAAGGGAGAAACUAUGCGCUCCAGUCAAAAGACUCACACUAUUUUAAGAGAAACACUAUUAAGCUGGGGUUUACUAAGUCACAAUGCAAUUCUCCUUGGUUGAUGUAGCUUAAGUUUAAGCUGCACUUCAUUCUUAUAAUUCAGGAUAUGUAAAUCACUAUCCGUGAUAAUUUAACAUUCUGCAAAGAAAACUAACCAGCUUGGCCCAGCGUGAUACAACAUUGCAGAAAAACAUUACAUUCACGGACUAAAGAAAAUCACUUUAGUCAAAUCCAGAAGGCACUUUGGAGAAAAUUAAAACCCUUAUUCAGUCGCAAUAAAAAGCUUUACGCUUCAAAGUAGAGGUCAAAGAAAAUUCUCUCUCAUCAGAGGGCAAAUCCUGCCGACCAGAAACAAACACCACAGUAAAUCGAUAUGUGUGCCAUGACCUCUCAGUGUGAAACAAGCGGCUAAAGUCACAUUUGCUCAGUGACAAUGUAGAACCUCCCAGAGCAUAACCUACCCAACAGAGGAAAAAACUUACCGCCCCCUUUUAUUGCUAUAAACUAGAGCCAAAAAAACGGAUGCUCUCACAGGAAAACGAAUUCGAAGACAUAAAUUUCCACACAUUGCACAAGGAGUUCGCGUCGCGUGCAAUGCUCACGCGAGAAACUUGAGAAUGUUUGUAGCUAACUGAAGUGUCAACAGUUUAGACAGCCGAAUCCAGACGUGACAAAAAUGGGCGGAAGAGGGUCGUUAAAGAAAUGCUAACAGGCUCUUAAUAAUCCUUCUGACGAUAAUCUUAAGAUUGUUGAUUGGUAUUUUAUUGAUUUAAUCAUAAAUAAAGAUAAAAUAAUUGUUCGGGGUUUUUUUAUGAGCUUGGUUUAUUUCUUAAUGAUGAAAUACUUAUUGACGGAAUUUUAGAAUUGGAAUCAAGGCUUAAUGAAAUGAAUGACACUGAUAGUGAUUAAUAAAUAACUAUUUAAAGUCUUAUAAUAUAAUAAUAAUAUUAUAAGACGUAAUGUCUAACCAAUCAAUUGAUGGUUUUCAGGGUUCUCAACCCUUUAUAAAUGAUAAAGAAUAUAGUAGAUUAUCUUUGGAUGAAUUAAAAUAUGUAUUAGAAGAAGAAAAAAAAAGACUUAAGGAUAAUUUUAAAGAAUUAGGUGAGAAACAAAAAUUAAUUAAUGAUAUUAAAAAAUUAAAAAAAUUUAAUGAAGAAGUAAAAAAAGGUGUUGAUAUUUUAAAAAUAAGGAAAAAAUCCAAACCAAGAAAAAUAAAAACAUUUGAUGAAUAUUUUCAGGAAUGUAUAAAAAAUAAAGAAAUUCCCUCCGAUACUCCUUCUUAUCUUCGUGAAGCUCUUGAGAGAGCUGUUAGGGAAUAUGAACAAGGAAUUGAAAAAGAAAAAUCAGCUUUUGAAAAUUUUGCUGUUAAGUAUAUUAUUGAAGGAGAUCCUAAUCUUACUCCAGUUGAAUAUUUUAAUAAAAUUUAUGCAACUUUAAAGGAUUUUUUUACAUAUCAUCGAAAUAUUAAAUUUAGUAUGGUUUUGGUAUGUUUAAUGGAACAACAAAUACUUAGUAAAGAUAAGGGAGUUGUUGGGUUAAAAGAAGAUAAAGCAUAUUUUAACUCAGGUACACAUAACAAUCUUGAAUCAACAAAUGUAAAGAAAUUAAUUGAUAAAAAUGUUAAAAAAAUUAUUGAAGAUUUAGAGGUAUAUCAAAAAAAUGGAAGUGGAUGGUAUUUUAAAGAAGUGCUUAAUCUUGAAAUUCAUACUGCUGAGUUUAAUCCAAUGAAGGGCUUAUCUUAUAUUCCUCUUCCAGAUUGGAUAUCAAAUAAAAAGGCAAUAGUUAAUAUUCAAAACAAAGAUGAGAAAUGCUUUCUUUGGUGUUUAUUGAGGUAUCUUCAUCCAAAAGAAGAUAAUGAUACCCGAUUAAAGGAUUUGAAAAAGUAUGAGAAUUCUCUUAACACUGAAGGAAUUAAUUUUCCAAUGAAAUUAAAACAUAUUUACAAAUUUGAAAAACUUAAUCCAUCUCUUCCAGGAAUAAAUGUUUUUUCAGUUAGUCAUAAUAAAAAGUUUUAUCCUUUAAGAAUGGCAGAGAAAGACUGUCAAAAUACUAUCGACUUUUUUUUUAUGAAGAAGAUGGUGUUUCCCAUUAUUCACUAAUUAAAAACUUUACUCGUUUGGUUAAAUCGAAAAUAACUUCAAGUAAGAAUGGUUCAGUAUAUAUUUGUAAAAAAUGCUUUACUCAUUUUACUAAGUAUGAAUUAUUACAAAAACAUAUUUCAUAUUGUUCAUCGAAUGAAACAGUUUCUGUGCGUAUGCCACCAAGAAACACAAUGUUAUGUUUUAACAAUUAUCACAAACAGUUGCCAAUUCCUUUUGUAGUUUAUGCAGAUUUUGAAUGUUUUACCAAGCCAAUGAAUGCUUGCAGUCCUAACCCGGAAAAAUCGUAUACUUACAAUUACCAAAAGCAUGAACCGUCAGGAUUUUGUUUUUACAUUAAAGGAAUAGAUCCUAAUAUAACAUUUAAACCAAGUCUUUUCACAAAAACUAAUGGUGAUUAUAAUGUUUCUGCGUUAUUUGUUUAUAAACUUAAAAAAGUAAUAAAUAGAACAUAUAAUGAUUUUUAUUGUCGUCCAAUACCUCUUAAAUUAACACCAGCUGAACAAAUAUCCUUUGAUAAAGCGGAAACUUGUCAUAUUUGUAAGAAAGAAUUACUCACUGAUAAAGUUAGAGAUCAUUGCCAUUUUACUGGUCAAUACCGUGGAGCUGCUCAUAACAAUUGCAAUCUUCAGUGCCGAAAACCAAUGAUUCUUCCAAUUAUAUUUCACAAUCUUCAAGGUUAUGAUGCUCAUUUGUUCAUAAAACAACUUGCUUGUUUACCAGGCGACCUCACCUGUAUUCCAUCAACAGAAGAAAAGUAUAUCUCCUUUUCCAAAAAAAUUAAGAAAAGAAAAACUUAGAAAAACUUGUCUCCACCAUUACAAUUUAGAUCCCGCGCAUUACUACACAUCUCCUGGACUAGCCUGGGAUGCAUGUCUCAAAGAAACAGGUCAAGAAUUACAACUGUUGCAUGAUUAUGAUAUGUUGAUGAUGUUUGAAAAAGGUAUUCGUGGAGGAAUAUCACACAUAUCAAAGAGAUAUGCAGAGGCGAAUAACAAAUAUAUGGAUAAUUACGACUUUAGUAAACCAACUACUUAUUUUCAAUACCUUGAUGCAAAUUAUCUUUACGGAUGGGCAAUGUCACAAUCACUUCCCACACAUGGAUUUAAAUGGAUGAAAGAUUUAACAAUAGAUUCUGUAAAUGAUUUAUUGGAUAAAAAGAGAAACCCAGAAGUAAAAAAGGAUAUAUAUUUGAAGUAGAUUUGGAAUACCCCCCUGAUUUCUGGAAAUCACAUCAUGACUAUCCACUUGCACCUGAGAAAAUGAUUGUUAAUGGUGUUGAAAAACUAAUUUGUCAUUUUAAACCAAGAAAAAACUACGUUGUUCAUUAUCGAAAUCUUAGGCAAUAUCUUAAGAUGGCAAUGAGACUAACUGCUGUUCACAGAGGAAUAUCAUUCAAUCAGAGUUCUUGGAUGGAGCCUUACAUCAGAAGGAAUACUGAACUUAGAAAAACAGCAGCAAACAGUUUUGAGAAAGACUUUUUUAAACUGAUGAAUAAUUCAGUAUUUGGAAAAACAAUAGAAAACAUAAGGAAAAGACAAAAUAUAAUACUUGUUGAUGAUCGUGCCAAAGCUGUAAAACUAGUAUCACGUCCAAACUUUGAUAGAGCAACAAUAUUUGAUAAAAAUCUUAUUGCAGUUCAUAUGAAGAAAACUGAAGUAUACUUCAACAAACCAGUAUAUGUUGGACAAGCAAUUCUAGAUCUGUCAAAAACAUUAAUGUUCAAUUUUCAUUACAUCUAUAUUCAAAAGAAAUAUAAACACAGGGCUGAGUUAUUGUUUACAGGUACCGACUCGUUGAUGUAUCAGAUUUAUACAGAUGAUUUUUACCAAGAUAUAUCUCACGAUAUAGAAACCAAGUUUGAUACGUCAGAUUAUCCUUCUAACCAUCCAUCUGGAAUACUGACAGGAGUUAAUAAGAAAGUAAUAGGAAUGUUUAAAGAUGAAGUAGCAGGAAAACAAAUUACUUAUUUUGUUGGUUUGCGACCCAAGUUAUAUAGUUUUAAAAUAGAGGAGAGUAAAAAAGUUCGUAAAUGUAAAGGUAUAAAGAAAAAUGUUGUAAAAAAGGUAUAACAUUUGAAGACUAUGUACAGUGUUUAUUUUCUGGUGAAAAGCAAAUGAGAUCGAUGAAAAUUAUAAGAAGUGAAAAUCAUGAUAUUUACUCAAAGGAAGUAAAUAAAAUAGCUCUGAGUAAUGAAGAUGAUAAGCGCAAUGUGAUGGAGGAUAAAGUAAAAACUCUUACUUUACGAUAAUAAGAUAUAUAAUAAAUGGUUUACACAAAAGAAGAGAUAGAGCGAUAUUUGGGAAUGUUAAGAAGUUAUAAUAAUGCCCAAUCAGAAGGGGAAGAAAAUACGAAAGUUAGAUGUAGGAAUUGUCAAAGCGAUAGUUUUUUUAUUGAAUCAGGUAUAUAAUAUUUGUGAUUCUUGUGGAACAACUAAUGGCCAUGUUUUUGGUUAUUUUGACUUGAAAGAGUACGAUCGAUUACAUUUUCGAAAGAAGAGUAUUUAUCAGAGAAAGUAUCAUUAUGAGAAAAAGGUUGAUCAAG